GACCAUGAUGCGCAGUAUACCUCCAAAGUGUGAAGGAGGCUUGCAUCAUGUUGGAAAAUCGAAAUAAUAUGUGAAAAUUUCCUGUGAUUUUGAAGAAAGCCCACUCGAUUGGAUUAUUUGGCCGUCUAGUGCUGUCAUGUGUUAUCGAAUACAACAUGUGAAAACGUUAAAUUGACUCCGCAAGCCGGCGUCAAACAGUUUUGGAGGGUGGGUCUUGUGCCAGAACGUGCUCGGCUAGUGCUCAACAAAGGAUCUGCUACAAGUAUGGAAUCUCCUGUUAUUAAAAGCCAAGCUAAAAUGGCUAGUCUUGGUCCUUUGACACCUGGAAGGAAGAAGAGUGUGAAUGGUUCAUCAACUCCUGGAAAUGGGAAAAAAAUAAGACUUUCCCCAGCUGGUCAGAGCUAUGUUGUUGGAUCAAAGGUGGAAGCAAAAGAUUUCAGUGGUCAAUGGAAUUCAGCUAAGGUGUCUGAGGUUGACUGGGAUGAAAGAGAAAUUCUUAUUCAUUUUGAAAAAUAUGAUGAGUGGAUGCCAAUGGACAGUCAGAGAGUUCGUCCUUACAAAGAACCAGAUGCUUCAAGCCUAUACCCUGCAAACCUGAAUCUCGGCAGAAUUUCUGGCAUGAAGGGGCGCUAUUUUCCUGAACCCAAACCUCUCGAGAGACGGUUUAAAGUUGGGGAUAGAGUUAUGGCAACUUGGACUAACAAUCGCAAAUAUCCUGCAACAAUAGCUAAUCAACUGCCAAAUGAUCGCUAUGAUGUCGUGUUUUAUGAUGGGUUUGCAAAGUCUGUUCGAGGCAGCAAAAUAUCUAAAAUGAAGGAUUCAGAAUUGAUGGUCCCACCAUCUAAUGGCAGUCACCUUCCUAUGCAAUCACAAUUUCAACUCCAUCAGCAGCAAGCUAUUGUUCCGAACCAGCUGAAAAGUCAGCAGCUCAAUGGGAAUUUGAGUGCUGGAAAUUCUUUUAACCGACAGCCCAAAGUAAAUGGUCAGCUUGGACAGACUCAACUUGAAAAGCAAUUGCUUCAACCUCCUACCCUCCCAAGUGCUUCCCAGUACACAAUGUUUAGUCCACCGGUGAAUGGUCUUCUUUCUUUUGAUGAAAAUAUUGGAACAAAGGAACAAAGAAGAGAAAGGAAGCGCAAGCACAAUGUGAAGGAACUAUUCUCUACCAAGCGACCUCGCGGCUCAGAGAAGAUCUCCUCUUCUAAAGCACGAUUAGACAAGAAGUCACAGGCUGGCAUUCAUUCUGAUACUGGAGUAGUCUCCUCUUUGGCCUCAUCUUCUUCCAAUGUUCAGUCACCUGUUAAUGGAUUACUCCUGGGUGUUGACCCUAUGUUCCCGGCAAAUCCAUUGAAAGUUGAAGGUCUGCCUUCAUCUGGCCAUGGUGUUAAGGACAAACCUUCAUUAGAUCUCUCUGAAACUGAUGUUAAGAAAAGAAGGAAGAGGUUGAAGAAAAAGCAGGAUGGGUUUGGCUCUGACACUCAAGAAACAACUUCUCAAAAACGAUCGAAGGCUGGAUCCUCAGAUGAAGAUGAGUGCAGCAUUCAGUGGACCAAUGGGGAACCCCAAGGGGAAGCUGCAUAUGUAAUUGAAAGUGCUGAGGGCCUGCGAAAAUCAAUUAUUGUUGAUGACCGAAGGUUACCUGUUGGUUGGAGCAAGCAUGCUAUUCGUCGCCAAGGUGGAACAUCAGCAGGGAAAUGGGAUGUCUUUCUAGUGAGCCCAAGAGACGGGCGCAAGUUCCGUUCUCGCAACGAACUUCGAUCUUACCAUGAUGAACGUGGUCUCCAGUUUCAAGUGGAGCGUUUUGAUUUUUCCCUCGGUCGCAAAAAGAUGUAUCGCCAGAAAGCUGCAGCAGCAGCGGCAGCCAGGGCAGCACAAGAAGAUAGGCCAGAUGCUUCUUCCCCGGUUCCCUCAAGCCAUGCUUCUGAAGCAUCUGGGGUUCCUUCAUCGCCUUCCUCAUUCUCUGAACAUUCAACACCACAGCAAAUUGGAUUACAUCCACCUGCACCUCACUCAAUUACACCACAAGUUGUGUCUCAAGGCAUUCAGCGUGUGAAGACCUUGCUUCCUCGUCGAACUUCUACCUCUAGUGGGUCGCCCAGCCGAAGAAUUUCGUCUCCCCCUCCUCCUCAUGCUAUCACUCCUCAGCCCAUUCUACCUGUCUCAUCCACUUUAGAAUCUCUAAAUAAGAAGAGCUUGUCUGCUGGUAGUGACGGGUUCUCAUGCCCCAAGGAUCAGUGUGGCAAGAAGUUCCGGAAAGAGAAUUUAUUGCAAAUGCACAUUAAGCAUUACCAUCCAGAGUACACUGCCUUCAUGGGCUCCACACCAAAUGUGGCAGAUCUUGCUUAUGCACGUUGCACUGGGGAGGGUGAGACACCCAACAGAAACAGACCGGGACAGGGAUCCUCUUUCAUGGAGAAGAUAGAAAAGAUUUCUCGCAUGGAAGCACAUCGUAAAGCAGGUGCUGAAAAUCCUACGUCUGGAGCUGAAACUUUGAGCAGUCUGGAAGCAAGAUCACCCACUCUUGGGCAGUUAUUGAAGAAAGGGCCUAUGCGUAAGGAUUCUUUGGAUGGCACCACUGCUGCAGCUCAGGCAGCAGCCGCGUGGAUGGUAGAGACCGCAAGUGAUGCUGCCGCCAUGUCUCCUUUGGCUGAUGCUUUGAGGGAUAAAUCAAGCCCUAAUUUGCAAAUUCCUCUCGAGAGUGGGUAUCGAGACAAAAUGGAAUGUGUCAGUCGACCAUUGUCGCGGGCAGCUGGUCUGAACUCCGACUGUGAUCAAGAUGGGUUUGUAGAGCAAAAUGGAAAUCUUAGCCCAUGGAAAGGCAUGGGCACUGAAGGUAUCAUGUCUGCCAGUGCUUCAUCAAGCCCGGUAACUGUGCAGCCUCCACCCUCCUACUUUUACAGUAAAAAGAAGAAGAGUCGGGUCUCAGCUGACAAGCUUAAUUCUACAGUUCCUAAACUGGAAGGAGGAAAGCCUCCAUCACCACCCAUGGAGCAUUUAAGAAGAGAAGAGUUGAUCAACUGUACUUGUGGUUUCAUGGAGGAGGACGGUCUCAUGAUUCAGUGUGACUUGUGCUUGUGUUGGCAACAUGGCCUAUGCAACCAAAUUGAAAACAUUGAAGAUGUGCCUCAGAAAUAUGUAUGCCAGAUAUGUCAGAAUCCUGUCAGAGAGCGAAAGAGUCGCCAUUUUAUUCAUGACCAAGACUGGCUGAAAGAGGGAGUUUUGCCAAGCUUGCCUUUUACUGUGAAGGAGUCAGAAAAAGUUCAGCAACGUGAAGACAUUUUAAAGAGGUCCCAUGAUCUUUGUUCACUUUUGCUGUUGACCCAGAAAGUAAUUCACAGCUUGCGUGUGAAGGUUCACAUUGCCGAGCAGAAAGAUCACCCUAAAUUGUACCUUUGGGCUAAUAGUUGGCAGACAGAAUCGAUGGGAUGUCCUACACCCCCAUCCUCUCCUACUCAGGCCAUUGAUCAGAAACCAGAAAGCUUUGGUGCCAUGGGGACGGGCAAAAGCCUCCUGCAGGAGGCUCUCUUAAAUGGGAGUCCCCUUCAGCAGCACCAGCAACAGCAGCAACACUACCAUCAUCCUCAGCAAUGUGUGGAUGCUCCUAGGAUUCCUCAACCUGAAGCUCCCAUUGACCCUGGAGAAUGCAGAAUAAAACUUCUGGAUCACAUUGAACACUAUCAGUCUCUGAUUGAUGCUCGGCUCACCACACUAGAACAUAUGAUUGAUGAAUUGGAGAAAGAGGAUCCGUCACUGCUUGAUGGGAAGAAUGCAGAAGCUGAAACAGCUGUGCGUGCGACUAAUGGUAUUGAAGCAGAUGAACUGCCUCAGAGUGAAGAAGACCCUUUCUUUCCUCAAACCAAGGAAACUGUACAAAUGAUUCUUCGAGACUUGCAGAAAUUAACAAAAAUAUCCACUUUGUGUUAAUUGUACAUAGUUUGAAGGUUUUCACUGAUGCCCAGUUGUGUAAAUACUAAUGUUAUGUUUUUAUUUUUAAUUUGAUAAAAUAGUUGUUGUGUACUUUUAGCCUAUCUAUCUGUAAGUCUGGAUCUUUUCAGUACAAUACCAAAGUUGUUAAAUGUAUAUUGUUUACCCUGUAUAUGUAUGUAUAUAUAU